AAUUAAGAAAAAGAAAAAACAUAAAAAUAAAAAAUCUCUCUCUCGAGUCUCAAGCGACCAAAUCUGAAUUAGGGUUUUUGAGAAUCUUCAUCUUCGAUUUCAAAUUCUUCAUUUUUAUAUACAUAACCCCUACCACUGUGCAAUUAUACUCGCCAGGAUUCACAAGCAGAGAAUCAUGAUUUCAGAUUCGAUCACCAACGCUUCUGCUACUGCGGCUCCUAGCACCACGAGAGAUGUCGGGAAGAAGAAGAGGAACAAUAAGUCUGCUAAGAUAAAGCAGAACAAGCUUGGUCUCCGUCGUGAGCAAUGGCUUUCUCAAGUUGCGGUGAGCAAUAAGGGAGGUAAAGAUGAGAGGAGUGUUAAUCGCAGUGAAAAGCCUGAUCGGAGAGAUAACCAACCACUGGAGAAUUUAGAUGGGGUGCGUAGAGAAGAGGACAGUAACGGUGGGAAUAAUCUUCACCGUGAGAGUUUCAUGGAGUCACCUUCUAAUAGCUCUAUGGGAGGUACAGAUAUAAGCACUAAUUACAGUGGGAGGAGUAGCAGGAGUAGUAGUAGCAGCAGUGGCUUUUGCUCUGGUAACAUAACAGAGGAGGAUAAUGCAGAGGAUGACGAUGAUGAUGAUGGCUGUGUGGAUGAUUGGGAGGCUGUUGCUGAUGCAUUAGCGGCUGAGGAAGAGAAUGAGAAAGCGCAUCACCUUCGUGAGUCUGUGAAAGAGCAAGAGAGUGUUGGACAAUCAGCUUCUAAUGUGGGCGAUUCAGUUAGUGAUGCAUCAGGUGCUGUGGGUGUUAAAGAUGCAAAGCAGGAUUGCUUGAGAAUGUCAUCAAGGAAGCAGAAGAGUAAUAGAGCUUGGAGGCCAGAUGAUGACCUUCGCCCACAGGGGUUACCUAAUUUGGCUAAGCAGCUUAGUUUUCCGGAAUUGGACAAGCGUUUUAGCUCUGUGGCGAUCCCAUCUUCUUGUCCCAUCUGCUACGAAGACUUGGAUUUAACGGAUUCGAAUUUCCUGCCUUGUCCUUGCGGAUUCCGGCUCUGUCUGUUUUGCCACAAGACUAUUUGUGAUGGAGAUGGGCGUUGUCCAGGGUGCAGGAAACCUUAUGAGCGGAAUGCAGUCAAGGCUGAGACUAGUAUCCAAGGUGGUGGUCUAACAAUUCGGCUGGCUCGUUCGUCUAGCAUGUUUUGCAAGUUUUAAAUGGAGAGGUUCGGUUUUCACAAACGAUGUUCUGUUCCAUUGCUCUGUAUCAUCAGUCUUUUGACUCUCUAGUUCUUCUAGCUUAGAAGAUAAUGUGGGUAUAGUGUUGUCUUUUGGGCACUCGAGAACUUGAGCUUUGUUUUCUAUGUCAUCUAUGGUUCUAAGUCUGAAACACUGUGGUGAUGAUGUAGAGUGUGAUGUGUGAAUACAUAAAAGGUGGUACAGAAAAUUCAAAUACAUUUAGAUAGUUUCAAUAAUGAUAGCUAUGUUCUCUCUAUUCAAAUUCCAAAUCUAUAAUAUUUUUAAGCUGUUUUGUAUGCGUUUAUUA